AUGAGAAAGAUAUUAUUGCUUAUAUCUACUAUGUUACUACUUAUCUUUGAGUAAUCUACAUUAGUACAAUGCGCUACUGGCUAAAUUAAAAUAUCUUUUAACUGGAGCGCUUUUAUAAAUCCAGCUGAUGCUCCAAAUACAUAGCAAUAUGAUUUGAUCAAAAAAGCAAUAUAAAACGCUUCAUAUUUCUUUAGCGAAAUAGUGCAGGUUAAUUCUGAAACAUCUCCAUUAACAUUUACUAUAUAAAAUGGGAUUAAUAAUUGCAGUCCUCAAGCUACAAAUGGAUAUGUAACUCCAACAACAACUGAUCUCCACAUAUUUGUUAAAUCAUAUGAGAAUGUAUCUGGAACAGAAAUAAUGAAUGGUAAAUUCUGCACCAUAGCUAGUUAUUCUCGUCCUAAAUUUGGAAUUAUUUAAAUGAAUUUCGCUAAAAUAGACCAUCCUACUAUGAAUACCGAUUCUCAAAAUCAGCGUCACUUAAUGUAUUAUCGCCUUGCUUAGAAGAGUAUUUAAAGUAUAUUAGGAUUUGAUAAUGAUCUUUUCUCUUAUUUUUUAAAAUCUCCUGGAGUUUAUUAUGCUUAUACAGAAGUAGUACUUACAGUAAGUACAAAAACAUAUAUCACACUUUAACCAUUUUUAACGUAUGCUGGAAGCUAUUAUCAAAACUAUAGGUUUGCUAAUUAACUUGGUAUAUAAUUCUAAGUUCUAAAUGGAGUAACUGUCUGGAGUAAGCGCUACCUCUAUAAUGACGUUUCUACUGCCAACACUGCCUUAAAUUUUUAUAUUGACAAACUUUAUUCUUAUGCUAAUGCCCUCCUAUUAUAAUAGACAGGGUGGUAUACAAACAUCAACACAGGUAGAGUAGAUAUUAAUGAUUGGGGACAGUCUUUCAAUUCAUUCUUAGAUUCUGGUGAUAUUAAUACUUGCUCUCCAUCAAUAAGCGAUUGCAGCCAAACAUAUAUGGCAAUAGCUAACUGUACAUCGGAUAUCUACAUAUAAAAUAACCUUGCAGAAGUACCUUAUGUAAGCUGUACUGAUAAGACUUAUGGAAUUAAUUUGCCAAUCCAAUAUCAAAGAGGAUAAAUUUAUGAUGAAAAAAGCAAAUGCUUUACAUCUUCAAUAACAAAUACUGUUUAUAGUACUUAAAUUCCAUUUUCAUGUCAUGAAUAUGUUUGUGAUAUGGCUCAAUUGACUUUAACUAUAACUAUCGUUGGAGCUUAGAAUGUAAUAUGCACUCCAACACUAUCAGGAUAAGUAUAAAAUCUAGUUACACUAACAAAUGUAUAGGGAACUAUUACUUGUCCUAACUUUUAUUCAUUUUGCUAGCUAACCUACGCAUGCCCUAAAGAUUGUAGCACAAAUGGAUAUUGCUCUAGAGGUAUGUGUACUUGCAAUUCAGGUUAUUCAGGAUAUGGUUGUGACUCAUUAAGUCCAAUAGUGGAUUAAAAUGAAAUACCAAGUGCUAAAUGUGAUAUAGCUAACGGAUAUUAUUUAGCACCAAAUAACGUUUGUCUAUUAUGCACUGAUCCCUGUACAUAAUGUUUUAAUUAAGGAAACGGAUAUUGCACAGCUUGCAAAGCAGGAUACUAUCUUCUUGGUAAUACAUGCGUUAAUUCUUGCCCUGACGGAUAUUAUUUGGGAACAUAAAAUGGAUAAACGGUUUGCUUAAUAUGUGCAAUAUCUUGUAAAAAGUGUUCAGGUACAGCGACUAAUUGUUAGAAUUGCCCAACAGGAUAAUAUUAAAUGCCUGAUACUACUUGUGUUGUUUCAUGCACACCUACAAGCAGUUAUUACUAAAAUUCACAGACUAUGAAAUGUGACCCUUGUGAUAUAUCAUGUAAUCAGUGUACUGCUGGUAAUUCAGACACUUCUUGUGUAAAAUGCGCAAAUGCAGGAUAAUUUAAAGAUCCAACUAAUUAAAAUAGAUGUGGAACUUGCCCACCAGGUACAUAUGGAGAUACUGUCAGUGGAUCAUGUUAGCCUUGCACUAGUCCUUGUGCAACAUGCGUUACCAGCUCAACUACCUGUACUUCAUGCUAAACUGGUUCUUUAAAACCAGAUGGAACUUGUGGUUAAUGUGAUCCUGGAUGGUUUAGUAGUAGUGGUAUCUGCAAAUAGUGUGAUCCAAAUUGUUUAACUUGCUCUGGUUCAUCAAAAAAUUGUACUUCCUGUUCUAAUGGAGCUGUUUUACCUGACAAUACAUGCCCUCCUUGUACUAUUGGAUAUUAUUACAAUGGUUCGACCUGUGUUUAAUGUCAUCCUUCUUGCUAUAAGUGCAAUGGAUAAAAUAAUAAUAAUUGUACUGCAUGCAGCUUGCCUAAUUAUCUUAGACUAGAUGGAACAUGUGGUGCAUGCAAUUCUAAUUAAUACGUAGAUUAAAAUGGGUCUUGUCAGAACUGCGAUCCUUCUUGCCUAACUUGUUCUAAAGCAGGAAACACAGGCUGCACUAAAUGCAGUACUCCAGGAUAAUACCUAACAUAACCUUCUUUAGUUUGUGGUAAUUGCACUUCUUCAUAGUACGCUGACCCUGUUGAUUAAAAAUGUAAACCUUGCGAUGCAUCCUGCUUGACUUGCUCUGCAGCAGGUCCAACUAAUUGUAUUGCUUGUAAUAAUCCUGCAUAUUUUAAAGAUCAUGCAACAUAAUUAUGUGGCCCAUGUUAAUAGUAUUAUUAUGGUAGUACUACAACAGGUUAUUGUGAGUAAUGUGACUCUUCUUGUUAAACUUGUCAUGAUUCAGGUCCAACAAAUUGCAUUAUUUGUAAAAAUCCAAUGGCUAAGCUAAAUACAGGAUUAUGUGGUCUAUGUGGCUCAAAUUAGUAUAUUGAUAACAAUAAUACUUGCUAAAAUUGUGAUCCUUCAUGUGCCACAUGCGUUGGGGGGAGUGACCCUUCUUAAUGCACAAAGUGCAACACUCCUGGAUAUUAUCUGUCUUAAAAUACCCCACCUGGAAAGUGUGGUCCAUGCACAGCUUAAUAAUACGGUGACCCAGUUUCAAACUUAUGUAAACCAUGCGAUGCUUCUUGCAAUGGUUGCACAGCAGGAACAGCAAGUGAUUGUAAAAAUUGUGCUAAUCCAUUGUAUUUUAAAAAUCCAUUAAAUUAAAAUAUCUGUGGACCUUGUCCCUCUAACUAUUUUGGAAAUACUUUAACUGGAUUUUGUUAACCUUGCGAUAUCACAUGCUUAACUUGUAAAAAUGGAUCUCCUUAAGGAUGUGUGACUUGCCCUCCAGGCUAAUUUUUAAAACCUGAUUAAUCAUGUGGGUCUUGCUUAAGUAACUAAUAUGUUUAAAAUGGAAAUAGCUGUUAAAAUUGUGAUCCUACUUGUGCUACAUGUAAAGGCCCUGGCAAUAAUUAAUGCACCUCCUGCGCUACUUAAGGAAAUUACUUGACAAAUCCAAAUCUUACUUGUGGUCCUUGUUAGACCUAAGAAUAUGGAGACCCUUCUACAAAUAAAUGUACACCUUGUGACUCUACUUGUAAUUAAUGCACAGGAUCAGGAAAAGGGAAUUGUAUUCACUGUGCAGAUCCUUCAAAAUUUAAAGACCCCUAAAACAAUAACUAUUGCUAACAAUGCACUCCAGGCUCUUAUGGUGAUACAGUAAGUGGAUUUUGUAAACCAUGUGAUAAAGGAUGCAGUACUUGUAUAGUAUCAUCUGAUAAUUGCACUUCUUGCUAAAAUAAUUACUAUCUUUAUAAUGGAUAAAAAUGUGUAUAAAACUGCCCAAAUGGUACUUAUCCUGUUGGACCCCCAAGUAAUAUAUGCAAGGCUUGUGAAGAUACAAACUGUGUAAUUUGUACUGCACCAAAUAAAUGUACUUAAUGCUAAAGUCCCUAUCUUAACUAAGGUAAUACUUGUGUCAAAAACUGCUCACCAGGUUACUAUUAGCCUAAUCCUACUACAUGUUUACCAUGUGAUCCUUCCUGCUAAUUAUGUGGUCCUACUACUUCAUAGUGUAUAUAGUGUCCUCCUAAUUUAUACAUACAAGGUUCGAAAUGUGUAUCUUAAUGCGAUGAUGGAUAUUAUUUGAACAUUAAUUAAAAGUAAUGCCUACCUUGUUAAAUUUAAAAUUGUUCUACUUGCACUUCAUAAUAGAAUUGCGCUACUUGCUAAAAAGGUUAUGAAUUGUAAACAACUCCAGAUCCCAAUAAUCCUGGAUAAAAAAUUUAUAAAUGCAUUAUUUAAUGCAACUAAAGUUGUAAAACAUGCAUAUUAGGUUCUCCAAGUCAAUGCACUUCUUGUCCGAAUGGAAAAGUUCUCCAGGGUAAUAAUUGCUAAGAUACUUGCAAUAAUGGAUUCUACUAAGACCCUGUAACAAAAAAUAAUUGCUUGUAAUGCCAGCCUAACCAGUGUAUCUAAAAUGGAGACUAGUGUCAUUAUACUUGCUCGACUUGUUAUGGAUCAGGGUAUGCUAAUUGUCUAACAUGUGCAGCAAAUAGAGUAAUUUAGACUCCUUUUGCUAAAAAUGUAGGUGAAUGCGUUUGUCCAUCUUCUACAACUGACGUUCUUGUAAGCUAAUGUGAAGUAAAUAAUAGCGCAUAGGAUUAGAUACAGUCUGCUUCGAUUGGCUUGUUCGUUGUUGGAACUAUUUUUAGUGUCAUGACAUCAAUCAUAACUUCUAAUCCUCUAUUCAUCUUUCUAUUUUUAGAUAGUUGUCAAAACUCAAGCUCCUUCAGAUACUUAGACCGUAAGAACGGUUUAGGUUUUGAUUAGCUAGCAUCUAAUUUAGAAUAUUCUAAUAUUUUUACAUUAUUUCCUACUCCUAACUCCUGGGCUCCUUCAAUUUUGAAAAGCUCUUUCAUUUAGCAAAAUAGGCUUUUGAGAAUGCUUGAUUUAUAUGCUCCUAAUUCAAUGAAUCAAUUCGAUAAACAAACAGAAAACAAUAAAAUUGCAUUGGAUGGAAAAACACCUUACUUUAUGAUAAAUAUGUUUGUAUUUUUAAUAUUAUGUUUGACACUUUGGAUUAUUGGAUACAUCUCCCAUAAACAUUCUUCCAAACAAAACUUAAAGAAUAGCACUACUUCUAUAAAUAAAAACUAGUAAUAAGUUGAAGAAAAUAAUUCAUUUAAAUCAGCUUCUACUAAAUAAGAAUCUAACUUGAUAAAAAAGAAAUCUAAGAAAUUAGCUUUUAAAGAAAAGCUAUCUUAAUACAUGUACAUAUCAAUACCAAUAGCAUUCUCAUUGAUAACUAUUGGUGAAGCAUUUGUUAUUGUCUUUUAUGGCUUUUUUAACUUUAAUAAUGACAUUAGCUCAAUUGGAAUUCUAUCGAACAUUGUAAUCUUCUUUGUUUUAGGGUAUUAUCUCUUUUUAAUUGGAUACAUUUCAAAGAAUUUUGUGAGGUAAAGAUCUUAAGAAGAAAAUAACGAAUCAUUUAAAGAAAAUAAAAUGAAGCUUAUAAUAUUCUAUGAUAUAUUAGAAGUAAAAGAAACAAAGAAAAGAAUUUUUCCAGUAAUUUAUUGUUUCAAAAAGAUAAUACAAGCACUUUUUUGUGCUGUAAUUGUAAAAAAUCCUAAAUUGUAAAUAAGCUUACUAAUAGUUCUCUCUUUCUUUUAUUGGCUUUACAUUGUUGUUAUUAGGCCAUUCAAGAGAAUUCUUUAUAAAAUCCUAGCUAUUACAAUUGAAACAAUUUCUCUGAUUAUCAGCCUAGUUUUCGUUUUAAUGAUAAGCUCUUCUGAUAGAAACUCUAAAUCAUAUUCUACUGAUAUAGAAGUGAGAUAUGUUUAUGCAAUAAUAGCCUUAAUUUUCUUUAUUUUAUUUUUAUUUAUUGUCUUUUCAAUGUUUCAAUUCCUUAAAUUUUUCAUCUCUUACACCAAGAAAAGCCGCAAAGUAAAUCCUAAUUCUGUUUAAAAAAUUACACCUGAAGAUUUCUCAUAAAAUCAAGAUUUUAUGAGCAAUAGUCAAAUUUAGAGAGAUAAUUAUUUAGCUGGAAUACAUAAAGAUGAGGAUGAAAAAAUUAAAUAUUGGAACACUAACAGAAUCGAUGCUUUUGAUUAAAGCAACAGGUUUUAAUCUUCUAGAGCUAAUUUUAAUAAUUCGAAUUAAUAAAAAUCAUUUUUAGAAUUUAAAGGAUAAGAUUAGAGUUUGAAUAAUAGUAUUUUAAAUAACAGUUUAAAUCAACACAAACUAAUUGAAAUGCAUUUAAAUGGCUAUCAGUUUGAUAAGAAUAAAAAAAUCAAGAUGGCUUAAUCUUCUUCAAGUGAUAAUGAUAAUUACUCAACUGACUAAGAAAAAGGGAAAAAUAAUUCUUAAUUUUAGAAUCACCUUGUUUAAUACGCCUAACAUAAUUAAAAUAAAAAUUAAGAAAAAUCAAGUAACUUGAUUUUAUCUUCAGAAGAAGACCACUAUGAAUUGCGCCAUUCUUAAGAAGAUAAAAAUCAAAGCAAUUAAAGAGCUUAAAUUAUAAACUUAGAUUAAUAAUAUGACUAGAAUCUAUCAAUAAAAAAACCUUCUAGAAGAAUUUAAACUUCUAAUUCUUAACAAUAAAAAAGAAACAAAGAACAAAAUCAAGAAAACUAUUCUUAUAUGUCUGAAAAUAAUAAUAGAAAUCUAAAAUCUGCAAAUCCUACUAAUUAAGAAUAAAAUUAACACCUUAACAAUAACAGGUCUAAACAUAUUCUUUAAAGUAUUAUGACACUCACAAGGACAUCUGGCUUUGUUUCCGAUAAAAAUGAUUGA